ACUGAUAGGAGGAGGAGUCUUGUGUUGUCUUAACUGAAGCCUAAACGCAGUAUCGACGUGUUAAAGCGAAUAAAAAGCUACCAACGGGAAGAAGAAGAGACAACGGGAGUAUGAACUUGAUCUUUUACUGAUUAUCAGUUGAUAGAAUUGAUGUGAUAGAAAGUGGACAGAUCGCCGAUCGCUCUCCUACAAACAAGAAGGAGAUUUAAACCGACAGUGAGUACAUGACCUUGAUGUCCCUUUGAGGCCUUCUGAAUUCACUUCAUUUAAUUUUCUGGUCAGUGAGUGUAAUGCACCCAGUAAAGUCAACAGGAAAACUUUACAUGUUCUUCCACAGUCGUAGAGAGGAGCUCAUGGUUCGUAGAGACAGCUGCCAGAGACGGAGAAACACAAGAACAGAGAGAAGAUGAUCAGGAUCCUUCUGUUUCUCAGCCUGGCGUCCUCUGUCUGGACGUUUGUUUUGAAAAGGACUCCGACUGUCUUUGAGGCCAAGGAGGACGACAACAUCACCAUCAGCCUGGACAGUCAGCUCCAAGCUGACGUGUCUCUGGCUGACAUGAUGUGUGUUUUCCACUCAGACGUCACUAAGAUUUUGUUUAAAAUGAUCAGAGGAGUGGAGAACUCUGAGUCUCAGGAUGAGCAGUUUGCAGGACGAGUUCAGACUGACAGAGAUGCUCUGAGAGGAGGACGAAUCAGACUUCAUCUGUCCAGAGUCACAGCUGAAGACUCUGGAAGCUACAGGUGUGACGUGUCUGCCGACUACGACAACAGCCUGAAGAGAUGGAGGCUCGAGACAAAUGAAAACUUUGUUUUGAGUGUGGGUCAAACCUCUGAUGGAGACAGCAGUGACGUGUCACUCAAACCUCCAAUGUUUGGACCACCAAAAGGUUUUUCAUCUCUGUACAUUAAGGUGAGGAAAAUAAAGGUGGACAAAAUGAAGCUUUCGAGUGCAGGUGAUGCUGAAGAUCCACAACUGGCAGGAAGAAGGACAAGUCAGGAGGAAACGGUGCUGUUUGUUCUGGCCGUAUUUUUAAUUAUUGCAAAUGCGGUAACCAUCGUACUUUCAAUAAAAUUUCUUCAUGAUGGUUUAAAACGAUCAACAACAUGAUGAAACAAUGCUACUGUGUCCCUGAUCAAAUGAGUCAAACCAACAAUGACUUUCUUACCUGCUCCAGUUGUGCUAAUGUUAAAAACAAACUAACAAACAAACAACAGCAAAAAAAGCUCACUAUAAGAAAAUUAUACUUAGAAGAUGAAAAAAGACCAAAAAAAGAGAAUCACAGAUGUUAAAAUGCUGAUUCUUUGCUUUCGAAAAUCUUUCUCAGUAUUUGUUUCUUUUCUAAACUGAGCUUUUGAACUAAGAGUUGAUAGAUAUAAUAUUUCAGAAGCAAAUAAUUCUAGAUGUUAGGGUUUAAUUUCCCCAUAUAUAACGCAUAGGCACUAUGAUGUAUUUUUCUCACUUAAAAAUACUCAAAUGAAGAUCAUUCUAUAUAAUGGGGAUAACAGCCAUAGCUGGACUGGCCAUCGGGCAUACUGGGCAUUUGGCCGGUGGGCCGAUGGUGAUUUUUUGUUUUUAUGGGCCGAUGUUUUAUAAACACUGAAAGGUGGUGGGUUGGCCAGAUGCUGGCAGAUCUGUAAAAAUAACUAAAUUGUUUGGUGGUCGCUUCCACAGAUUCAUUAACAUUAGCAAGUGGUGGAGGCCAGCAGGUGGAUGAGGGAAAGGUGAGGCAGGAGUUAUUCUGCAUCCUUACGCUGUC